AGCGACAGUGCGCUUGUUCUGUGGUGGCGACCUGGACCGUUCAGAUCAACACCGGCUGCCAGGUGGACUCUUGCUGCCCUACCUCCCACUACUUACCCAGAGCACAUGAGCAUCAGUGCCUCAACACUCCUUACACGUACUUUUUAUAUGUCAUUUCCUUUCAUUCGAUACAAGUCUUAGUUAUUUGUCUGGUCUUGCCCUCGAUAUUUGACAGUCUCGCAAAAAUUACAUCUUUAUGAUCAUUGCACUUCCAGACGCCCAUCCAGCUGAUAGUUGCCUUUCCUUUGGACUCGUUUUUCUUCUUCCCCGCCUCCCAGCACAAUUUCCUUCUUCGGACGACUGGAGGCCGUGUUGGGAUCCUACCAACCAGCUAUAUGUAUCGGAAGCCUCUAUUAUACUGCCAACGAGCGCUACUAUCCUGGACUACGGGUCAAGCACAGGGGCAAGUGCCCGGGCCCGGAUCUUCAAGAUAGAGAGGGAUAAAGAAAUCUGGCCAGGAGAAGAGACCAGUUUACCCGUUGAGUCCAGCAUGGCUCCCGCAUCCGCCUCCUCAUUUGGCACGAGCGGUGCAGAUUGGGAAGAUGGGGAGUCUGAAGAGGACGAGGACGAGGUGAUUGAAUUCAGCACAUCGAACGUGCGAUUUUUUCACGACUGCUGAGAAGGGGAGAAAUGUGACGGGUGUACUGAAUGCGCUUAUCUGUAACAUGGUCAGACCG